AUGGCGGACGACGCGCUCUCGGCCGCGGCGAGCGGCCUCUCUCAGGCGCUGCAGCAGCUGCCCCCACACACUCACGUGCUGGUCGCCGUGGCCGACCGCGUCGCAUCGUUCUUCGACCUCGCCUCGCCCCGGCCCCAGGCGUGGGUGCUCGCCGGCGCGGGCGCGCCCGCGGCGCCCGGCGCGACGGCCCGCCUCCUCCGCGCGAGCGGCGUGCGGCCGGCGCCGCUGGCGGCGUGCGCGGCGAUGCUGCAGGUCGCGCUGCGGUCGCUGCGGCGCCAGGACGACAGCGGCCGCGGCGUUGACGGCGGCGGCGGCGGCGGCGGCGCAGCCUGGCCCGCAGCGGACGCUGAUGCCACAACACCACCUGCUGCUGGUGGUGCCGCCACUGCUACAAAAUCGUCGUUGACUGCCCACCAGGAGGACGACGAGGGCGCCGCGGAGGCCGAGCACGCGCGGCUAGGGUCCGCGGCGGCGGCAAUUGACCUAUGCCUCCACCUGCUGGGCCGCGGGAUGGCAGAUUGGGACGCGCGCCACAAGGCGGAGCUCGCCGCCGCGCACGCGGCCGCCGCAGCCGCGCCCCCGCCGCGCGCGCAGCCGCAGCCGUUUCCGGCCAAGCCGAUGCACGCAGCGCACGUGGUCUACCUUACGGCCGCCGGCCCGGGCCCGCACCCGCCCCCGGCGGCCGCCGCGCGGGAGCCGCGGCUCGCAGCGCGCCUGCAGGCCGCAUUUGGCGAGCUGGCUGCCAAGGCGGCCGCCAUGGACGCGCAGAUCGACGCGAUCGUGGGGGACGCGGCCGCGCCCGCGCUGCCCUUCCUGCCAGACUGCGUGGCGGCCUGCGGCGGCGUGCUGCUGCACCAGCCGGGGCUUGCCGCGCCGCUCGCGUCCAACGUGGUCGCGCUCUGCGGGCGGCGGCUGGGGUGGGACGCGUUCAUCGACGUGCGGACGCCGGCGGGGCUAAAGGUGGCGCAGCUCGUCGGGCCCCUGCUGCACCAGGACGGGCAGCUGCCCGGCAGCAUCUCGCCGGUCGACCCACAGCCAGCGGCCGCGCCGCCGGAUCGGCAGCAGCUGGAACGGGACGGCGGCGGCGGCGCCGGCGGGGUGAGGGGCCAGGGAGACAGCGGCGCGUCCUCCCCUCCUCUGCCGCCACAGGGCCAGCAGCACCGGCCGCAGCAGCAGCAACGCGUCGCGCGCCCGGCGGUCGCGCCAACGCGGCUGUCAGCAGCGGCAGCGUCUGCGCCGGCGAUUGACCGGGGGCGGUAUUACGGCGCGACGCUGGAGCUGACCGCCGACCUUACGGCCGGCGUGAGUCAGGAGGUCCAGGUGCUGUGGGAGUGGACGACGGCCGACGGGCGGCGGGUGCGCCAGGUCAGCAGCACGCAGCUGCAGGUGGCUGAGCGGCUGCCUGACUUCCUUUCGGGGCUGGAUCUGGAGGCGGGAUCUCUGCUCUCCGCGCGGCGGCUGGUCGCUGCAGCGCUCAACGCCGCCGGCGGCGUCGGCGGCCGUGGCGGCGGCUCUUGGGGCCGUCCGCUCCGGCGCGGCGCGCUCGGCGACGCGCGGCUGGCGGCGGGGCUCGCGCUGCAGCUGGCGGCGCAGCGGAUGGGGGUCCAGCGGAAAGGGCGCGGCGGGCUGUUUGGGUUUGGCGCUUCGAGCUCCUGGGAGCUGCCGGUGCCGCUGAUGCCGCUGGCGGUGGCGAUGUACCUCCUGCAGGCCGGGCCGCUGCUGUGCGCGGAUGACGGGGACGGCACGGCCUCCGCCGCGGCUGCCGACGAGUGGCGGCUGCGCGCGCACCAAUUCCUGUGUGCCGCGCCGGGCGUGGCGGCGUGCGUCGCGUCGCCAUCUCUAUACGUGCAGCUCGCAGCAGCGGGCGGCGGCGGCGGGAACGCGCCCAGCGGGGCUGACGCCAACGGCGGCGGGGCUGGCGGUGGCAAGAGCGGUGGCGGCGCUGCGCCCCCGGGCGGCUUCGAGGCGGUGCCGCCUGUGACCAUGGCGGUGGGGCCGUCGUCCCUGGCUGUGCUUGACUGCGGCACUGAAAUCCUCGUGCUGGCCACCGCAGCACUGCACGCGGCGACCGCCCGGGCGGACCGCACGGCAGAGACGCCCAUGGACCAGCGGCAGCAGCCACAGCAGCAGGAGCAGCAGCAGCAGCAGCAGCAGCAGCAGCAGCAGCAGCAGCAGCAGCAGCAGCAGCAGCAACAGCAGGCGGAGCCGCCUCUGUCGCCGUUGCCAGACCUUCCCAACACCGCUGCGCCGGCAGUGCAGUUUGCGCACCAGCUCGCGCGCGGCCGCCUGCCCGUGCCGUCCAUCCACGUGCUGCAAGACGAGCGGGACGUGGGCUGGUUCAUGCGGCGCCUGCUACCGCUGCACCUGGACGUGCUGCCUGUGCAGAUGGCGCUGCUGCCUGCGCUGCGCAGCCUCAGUCCUCAUGAGCACGCCGGCCUGAUGCAGUGGCAUGCCGGCUUGGGUGGCGGCGAGGCGCCUGAGGGCGGGUCGUUCGGGCACUUCUGUGCAGGCUGCAGCGUCAGCCUGCCGGUUGAGGGCGGGCUUAUGGAGGGCGUGCCGGUGGGUGAGUGA